AUGAACAAAAGAUUUCAAGCUACCGUUGGCACUUUGAUCGUAAUCGUUAUUCUGGCAUUCACCUUUGACCCUCUGAAUCUAGCCCGAAAUCAUCCAUCCUCUUCCAAAUCUUCUACAUCCUCACUCACCCUCAACUCGCCAUACGCUUUCGUCACCUUGCUCGCCUCAAAUCCGAAACUCGACAACAAGACUGUGCCGGAUGACGAGGAUGAAUACUUUGUCGGAACGCGAGUUCUGGCAUACCAGCUAUUGCACGCCCCGAGAACAGGCACCAACACCUCCAUCCCUUUCGUCGUCCUCGCAACUCCGGACAUACCUGAGUCAAAAUUGGAGCGGCUGAGAAAAGAUGGAGCAACAGUGAAAGUGAUCGAAAGGAUAUCAGAAUCAUGGAUGAAGCCAGGCCUAGAAAGAUGGAGAGACAUGAUGUCUAAGCUCCGAAUGCUCGAAUUGACCCAUUUUGAGAAAGUCCUCUUCAUGGAUGCAGAUAUGUACGUUGCGGAGCGCAUGGACGGCAUCUUCACCGACCCCACCACAGAGCCCCUCACACCAAAGCCAGAAUUGGCAGUGGAAGACGAAGGCCCAUUGCCCAGAUCUUACAUAUUCUCCGCCCAGCAAUACAUGGAAGGACGCGUCCAUCCCUACCCGCCGCCUGCCGGUGACUAUUUCUCUGGCGGCUUCUUCCUCUGCCAGCCCAGCAUCGAGAUGUUCAACUACUAUCUCACCAUGACAAAAAUCAAAGAUCGCUUCAACUCCAACGAUAUGGAACAAGGAUUGUUGAAUUAUGCGCAUCGAAGAGCGGGGCCGAUGCCGUGGACGGACAUCUACUACAAAUGGACUACGACGUGGCCGAGCAUGAAGGAGUAUGAAGCUGGGGCACACAGCUUGCACGAGAAAUGGUGGGAUGAGAAGAUCCGCUUGGACCCGGAUCUGAGGAAGCUGUGGUAUAUCGCUAGGGGCGAGAUGGACGGCUAUUACCACGCGUCGUCCAACUGCAAGAAAAUGUCACAAGCACGUGCUGCUGCGCGUACAGUCAACGACAUGAGCGAAGAGGACUACCGCCAGAUGCGGAGACAAUACAACGACCAACAUCCGUACGCGAGUGAAUUGAGCUUCGAGGAGUAUUUGGAGGAAGCUGCCCGCGCCGGGACGGAACAUGGCAGGAUGACGGGCCGUGAUGUCUCCGGUCUCCGUGGUUCUGGACAUCGUUCCCAUGAAGGCGGGCGUUCCAGCCACGAUAGAGGCCUUGUCUCUCGUCCUCGUCCUCACGGGUCUGAGCACCGUUCUCAGGAAGGCGGCCGGUCCACUCACGAUCGGAGCCUUGUUCCUCGUCCUAGUCCUCGCGAAGAAGCUGAGCGUUCCAACAACGAUCGAACCCUCAUCUCUCGUCCUCGUCCUCGCGAGGACGAAAUGCACCACGCGACCGGUCCGUCACACGGCUCUGAAAGUCGAUGCGGGACCGGUUGCCGUGACUGUGACGAUUCACUCGAUGGCGACUCCUUCGAUGACGAUCCCUUUGAUGAGGCUUACUCCGACAAUGAUACUCUGGCUCACAGUCCUGGUACUAGCACUAGCCGCUUUUCUGCCGAUCGCACUCUCCGAAGACAUGGCACCGAUCACUCUCGUGAGACAGAUUCCCAAUCCUCCACCUUCGCGAGCAAUGUCGACGAGUUCGAGGAUGAUGACGACGACUACGACGAUGAUGCACGUGAAGUCAUACGGCCCACUACUCGUCGUGGCCCCAUCUCGCGUCCUCCACGUAGGGCGCAGUCUCCUCCACUACCGCCUCGUAGCGUGCAGCCUCCUCGCGUCACUUUCCCUAUUCCGAGCGGCGGGAGGAUACCACCCUCGCCGUUCACUUUUGCGCUGCCGGCGCAACCACCGCUUUCGGCUCGCUCUGCGCAGGCUGAUGGUCGCACCGGUGCUGGCCAUGGUGCUCCUCUCCGUGGCACCCAGCGCGGACCUCCCACGGCGGAUGGUACCCCUUUGGACGAGACUUGUUAUGAUCCUCGAGGCGGCCCUCGUCCGGGUGAUCGUCGCAGGCAUUGA